AAGGAAAAAAAAAGAAAAAUGGCAGCAGUGGGAGAGAAAUUGAUGAAGCGUUUAAUCCAACUUGGAGCUACGGUGGCUAUUGGUGCCGGAGUGGUAUCGAAGGCGUUGUAUAAUGUCGAUGGUGGACAACGAGCUGUAAUCUUCGAUCGCUUUACUGGAGUAAAACCUAACGUUCUCGGUGAAGGGACACAUAUGCUGAUUCCAGGAAUCCAAAAACCAAUUAUUUUUGAUAUUCGUUCAACCCCACGAGUUGUCUCCACGAUUACAGGAAGUAAAGAUCUGCAAAAUGUGCAAAUAACAUUGAGGAUUUUGCAUCGACCCGAACCGAGCAAGUUACCAAAUAUAUAUUUGAACAUUGGACGUGACUAUGCAGAGAGAGUACUACCUUCAAUUACAAAUGAAGUUUUAAAAGCUGUCGUUGCUCAGUUCGAUGCACAUGAAAUGAUCACACAACGAGAAAGUGUCAGUCAUAGAGUUUCGCUUGAAUUAUCGGAAAGAGCCAAACAGUUCGGCAUUUUAUUAGAUGACAUUGCCAUUACGCAUUUAUCUUUUGGACGGGAAUUUACAGAGGCUGUAGAGAUGAAACAGGUGGCACAGCAAGAAGCUGAAAAAGCUCGUUAUCUCGUCGAAACAGCAGAACAGAUGAAAAUUGCAGCUGUAACAACUGCAGAAGGUGAUGCACAGGCUGCCAAACUUCUAGCUCAGGCAUUCAAAGAAGCUGGUGAUGGCUUAAUCGAACUACGGAAAAUUGAAGCUGCGGAAGAAAUAGCCGAAAGGAUGGCGAAGUCCCGAAAUGUUGUGUAUUUGCCGAAUAACCAGAAUGUACUCAUGAAUAUACCAGCAAUAUAGCAAAAUUAAAUUUUCUUUGUUUAAGUGGUAUUUCGUAACUAGUAUAUCAUGCAGAUUAUUCAACUUUUUAUUCCUUCUGGUAUUAGUACUAUUAGUGCUACGGUUCUUGUACUUGAUUUUAUUUUGUUACUGUUGUUAUGAAUUUGUUAUGUUCCUACUUUCUUAUUUUGCAU